AUGCGAGCCCAAAGCUUAUUAGCCUGGGCAUUUACUGCGAGUUGUCUUGUGAUGCUUGACGUGGUACAUGCCAAGAUUGCGACAACUGCUGGCACAACAUUCCCAACUAAAUCGGGUAUCCGAACCUGGGUCGACCCUGACACGCCAAAGGAUCGAUAUGUAUACACUUCUUUACGUGGUCGAAAAUGGGACCUUGUCAUGAGUGACGAGUUCAACAUACCCCAUCGUAGCUUUAAACCCGGUGACGAUCAUCUUUGGACCUCAGUUGAGAAACCGGAUGGUGUCAAUGGUGCUCUAGAAAUUUAUUCGCACAAUAUGACGUCUACAGCGUGCGACGACGAUGGCACAUGUUACUACUACAUCAAGUCAAUGGAAAUCGACACUACCAUUCGUGUCUAUAACAUGUACACACAUCCACCAAGUUUUAUGGAUUUUUCCUUUUACUAUCGUGCGGGAAUGGUGCAAUCGUGGAAUAAGUUUUGCUAUCAAGGUGGGAUGCUUGAGGUACGAGUUCAAUUACCAGGAGCUGUAUCAAAAGAGUCCGGUAACCCGGAUAUUGCAGCCGGGAACAGUGGCAGAGUCAAGACAGGUCAGUACUAUCCGACGUGGCCUGGUAUCUGGAUGAUGGGUAACCUCGGACGAGCUAUUUUCUCGGCGUCAACAAAUCGAAUGUGGCCGUUUUCAUACAAUGAAUGUGAACCUGACUUGUUUGAUCCUCAAAAUCAGCGCAUUAGUGCUUGCGAUGAUAAUCCUGGAUACGGACUUUACCCCAAUCAAGGUCGUGGUGCUCCAGAAAUUGACGUGCUUGAAGGCGCAGGAGCUUUGAUUUCAUCUUCGCUUCAAAUUGGUCCAGGGAUGCCAGAUGAAUACCGUGUCAUGGGUCUUAAUUAUGGUAUUGAUCCGGCUGACUGUAUCUACGCUGGAAGGUGUAACACGAUAGGUGCAAACUUCGUAGGUGUACCAACUGCGGCGUAUGAAGCCCGCGGCCACAAGUCUUGGUAUCAGGGACUUCGCUACAAGGCCAACAAUUUCUGUGUACCUGACCCUAAGUUGAAACAGGACUACGAAACGAUUGCUGCAUCGGUGAAAGCUGGCAUUAAAGAGAACAGUUGUAGGGUCGAUACAUGUCCUGCUUCGAAGGAUGUGUAUGGAGAUUUGGGUCUUAUUGACGGCUCCGGGAGUGACCAUUGGGGCAUCAAUUCCAAUGGCACUUGUUACCCAUUGUGGAACGUCUACCUCGGUAGCUACCUCUGUGAUCCCGACAACACGUUUUAUAAAUGUGCUCAACCAAGGGACCCGAACACGCCGAAGUCCAAUGCAAUGAGCUCGUUCAAUUACCAGAUGGACGCUAUCUCCUCCAAUUGGCCCGCGCAUGUUGGUAUCUAUACCGACUAUCUUAUCUACGAAGUUGAAUGGGUUACAGGCAAGAACGGGUACGUUCGAUGGAACCUGCAGGGAAGUCCGUUGUUUGAGGUUCCAGCCAAGUCCAUUUUGGACAUCCCUCAGUCCGUGAAUAAGACGAAUCCGCAAAAGAUUAUGGUGGAAGAACCAUUGUACAUCAUUAUGAACGUGGCGUUGUCGAGAACGUGGGGUGCGGCUCCUCCGAAUCCAGGCAAGCCCUGUCGCGGCAAUGGUUCUGAUGAAGAGGUCAACCGAAUUUGUGACGCUUUUCCAAUGUAUCUCAAAGUAGACUACAUGCGGUUGUAUCAAGACCGUGGAGACGAUCUGGACGAUGACAAUUACAUGCAGAUUGGUUGUGAUCCCGCAAGUCACCCAACCAAGGAAUGGAUCGAGGGUCACAUUGACGAAUAUGAGGACAAUGACAAUUUGUGGAAAGAAGUGGCUGGAAAAGCUUUUUGCACUCGCAAUGAUGACUGCACGAUUGGCGGUACGUUGGGCAAAGGUGCACUAAAGACAGGAAAGUGUGUGAAGUCGCGUUGUGAGUGUACGUACCCGUCAUCAUGGGGUGGUCCUCGAUGCACAACUGCUGUCUCAGGUUCCACCACAUCCUCAGCUUUUAUGAGCAAGGGAUCGUAUGGCCCUCCGAUGGAAGUAUCAAUAGGUGUAGCAUUGGUGAUCGUGAUCGUGUCUUUCGUCUCUGUUUAUAUGUCGAUUUUCACCGUCGCUAAGGCAAAAGCAAUGAAGGACUUGAAGAAGUCGGCAGUCCACACCAACAGCGAGGACGGUUCUACGACGAUGCAGUCGAAGACUUCGUACAACAGCGAUCAAGGGCAGCAACGUCGACCACUAGACAAUUACAGUCAGAAUUUUGUAUAA